UGGAGGGAUGCUGAAGUCACGUUGGUCGACACCCUCGGUGAAUCCACGAGGAUAUACACAGCCAAUAGUAAUCUUCAAUUGCCGGUUAAUACUUUACGAGCUGGUGUUUUAGUUAAGCAAUCACGAGUUGUAGUGGUAGUUGGUGGCAACAGUAAAGAAGAAAAGAACUGUGAUAUGUUGAGAGGAAAGUCCACGAAGAAAGAUCAUGAUGAAGAGGAUGGUAAACAAAGACGGCCCAAGUGCGCUCGUUGCAGAAAUCAUGGACUCAUCUCCUGGUUGAGAGGACAUAAAAGAGAGUGUCGUUAUAAAGAAUGUCUUUGUCCAAAGUGUUCUCUUAUUGCUGAAAGACAACGUGUUAUGGCUGCUCAGGUUGCAUUGAAACGACAGCAGGCUGCUGAGGAUGCGAUAGCUUUGAGCAUGGCUAAAGUUGCAACCGGACAGAAACUGGAUCGUCUACCACCUGGAAAAAUCUUCGGCAUGGCUGUAACUGAGCCUAAUUCUCAAAUAUCUUCACACGUUAAGCCUGCUCCAGAUGACGAUCCUGAUGUUGAUGUUGAUGAUCCUGUAGACGCUAAGGAGUCUUCCGAGUCAGAGGGUGCUGGAUCUGCCAAAGAAAAUCAAGUUGACCUUAAAUUAAAUUCACUCGACAAGAAGAAAACCAGCAUAUUCAAUGCCACGGAUAAGAAUGACCCCGAGGAUAAAAGUCCCAAAGAAUCACCGGCGAUUUCUCAGACAUCAGUAGAAACUCUUGCGCGACUGUUUCCCAGCACAAAGUUAUCUGUUCUUCAACUGGUUCUUCAAAGAUGUGGCCAGGACUUGUUAAAAGCCAUCGAGUACUUUGCUAAUGACAGUAGCGUGUGUUCUACUUCGGCAUUCCGACCACUGCAAAGCUCAUCGUCAGAUGUGAGAACCACCACCGAUUAUCCUAGUGUCUUUGCACUGCCUCCAGUCUACUCAAACUUUUCGCGAAAUUUCUACCACGACAACUAUUGUCUUCUUAAUAUAUUGCCAGAUUCGACGUUGUCCCGCAGCAGCGAGCUGUCAAGAGUUAUCAACCCGCUCGAGCAAGACAGCAGUGUCGCUUUUAAUGUUCAGUACAACAAUUACUUCAAUGCUGACAUUCAGCAACAGUUACGUGAGCACACAUCCAGGUCAACUGGAUUGCUUCAUUUACCUCCAGUGAUACCUGGUGUUCCUUGUGUUACUCCCAAUUGUACUCAAUGUUACAAAUUUCUAUGA